AUGAAAUACUUCUCGAAACAUCCAUCAAAAAUUUUCAGACGUAGUUACUACCAGUUCGAUCCUCGAGAGGUGUCCCACAUUGUUGGAGUACCAGGCCUACCCAACCAUUUGCCUGAAGCUGAACCAAUCCUCCCGGGACACACGCUGAUCAGACCUUCCCUAGGAAUGCUGAAGUCAGCCAUCAAGUUUCCACAUCAGGAAUUAGAGGAUGGCGCUGGCGUUUAUGGGAAUAUAGAUAACCUGGGUAUAAGGUACGACGCGAAAAAUGAACGAGUCCUGAAUACAGGAUUUCGCAGAAGUACAUCGGAUUAUAUUAUGAUAUUACCAACAAAAUCUGAACGCAGUCAACCAAGAUUUCAGAUCGCAUCAACUGUUUUAGAUGUUGAUAGGCAAGACUUUCAGAAUAAGUUAUUGACAGCGAUCCAUAAACUUAACAUCCCUUUUAACAAAGGAAAUUUUAAGAUAUACAUUGCGUCUGUUAAUCCAGAUGAGGUAAGUAUCAACAGUCCAGUAGAAUCUGUAACAAAUAAAGUUUUAACCAAUAACAAAUACAAGGACCGUUAUUGGGGACAUAUAGGGCAUAAUGAGGUAUACGACGAAAGACCGAAACGAUUUGUUCCAGUUCAUUCUAAAUACCUUUACAACAUACGCGAAGGUAGCAAUUAUUUAACUACUAAAGAAAUACUCAGAAAAUAUCAGGGACUAGAGAAUCAUUCGACGGAUAGUUCAGAAGAAAUAACUACCACGACAGUUCGACCAGUCAUUAAAGAUGAUAAAAAAUCGGACAAAAUGAAAUGGUUUUUAAGCUCAAAAAACAGUUUUGACCAUAUUACAGUGAACAAAAACGCACCGGACCAUUCAGAAUUUAUCCCGGGAGAUACAAAAGAAAAGUUGAGGCAAUGGUGGUUUUUCAGUCAGCAAGACUACAAAACAUUUUCAGAAGAGAGAUGAUUGAGUUGAAAAC